AUGGCAGGGCCGCCGAGCAAGAAAGAGCAGGAGCUCGCGACGCAGCUGCAGGUCCGCCGGACAGAGCUCCAGGCGAUUGCGGAAAAAAUUGGCGAGAUUGAGAGCGACGCGGACGAGCACCGCCUCGUGCUCAAGACCCUUUCGGGCGUGCAGGAACGCGAGCCGGAGCGGACAUGCUUCCGCCUGAUUGGCGGCGUCCUGGUCGAGCGGACAGUCAAGGACGUGCUUCCGACGCUCCAGACGACCUACAAUGGCCUCACGCAAGUCCUUGUCGACCUCGCAAAACAGUACCGGCAGAAGGAGUCGGAGAUGCAGCAGAUCCAGAGCGAGCUAGGCGCGUAG